UUUUUUUUUGUUUUUAGUGAAGUUUUUGUGGAUACUGUUAAUCCUUUUGGAAGUGAAAAUGAUGAACAUAUGGUUGAGAAAUUGGAUCAAAUAAGCCUCAACAAAGUACAAAAGAAUUCAAUUGAACAAUUAGUUUUACUGAUAGAAGAUACUUUAUUUAAUGUUUCUCGAAUUAUUGAAGAACAACACGUUGCUAAUUCUGUUUCUGGAACUAACAUAAAUUCUUCAAAUCGUUUGUUACGUGGUAUAAUGAGAACUGGACUUUUGGCAAAUGAUUUAUUGUUGAAAAAUGAUAGAAGGGCCCAUCUAAUUGUUCUCUGUUCUUCAAUUCCAACAACUGAUAUGCUUAGUCAAGUAACUGAACUGUUUACUCAUUAUGUUAAGAAAGGCGAACAAACUCUAACCCAUAAAGGAAAAAUAUCUGUUGAAGAAAACGUUAGAGAAGCUGGUUUUUCGGUAUCUCAGGCAGGAAUUCCUAUGUAUAUUUGUGUUUCUUUUACUUGUUCAACUAUUCGUCAAUGGUCUCCUGGAGAUUUAAAUUAUUAUUCUUAUAAUAUUCCACAAAAUGCAUUGCCACAGGAUGCUUGUCUUCAAGCUUUGGCAGAAAUGAGACGAACUAAAUUUUAUCAGGUUAAAUGUGCUCAAUAUGAAUGGAUGACUGGAGUUGUAAAAAUCGUUAGAGAAUUUUCUAAUAGAAUUCCAGCUUGGAGUCCUUUAAGUGAUUGGGUAAUUAUUUUAAUUGUUGAAAAAGUUUUCUCUUCAAAUACAUCAGAACAACAGCCUGGACCGAGUGGAGCAUUAAAAGCUUUGUUUAGUGCAAUUUCUGAAGAAAUUAUUUUGUCACCUGGAUCAAAAUUAUUGGAUCCAUGUGAAAAAUUGCCAACAGAUGUUUUAGCAUCAAUAACUCCUUUGGAACGCCAACAACUUUUUGCUAGUGCUCGUUAUUCUCUUAGACAAAUCAACGGAAAUAAAAUGGCAAAAUUGUUGGCGCUAGAAGGUCCAGGAGUUCCUUCAGAAGUUAUUUUUCCUGCUAAAAAGAGGGCUAAGAAAAUGGGAAUGAAUAAUGAUCAACCACCGGAUUUGUCAGCAAAUGAUAGAGGAAUGCCUGCUGAACGAGGAAGAGGAGGAAUGGGAAUGUCAACUCCUGGAAUUGGGAGGGGAAUCCCUCCAGGAAAUGGAAGAGGUUUGCCUCCUGGAAAUGCAAGGGGUUUGCCUCCGGAACGUGGAAGGGGAAUGUCAGUUUCUGGACGAGGAAGAGUUGCCUCUGGUGGUAAUGCAGAAGCAAUAGGCACAAGAUCAAUGCGAGUGUAUGACAAUUUUUAA